AGUUGACGUACGAAAAAAAAAAGAAAAAAAAGCAGAAAAUAAACAAAAGCAACGUGCACGGCAGUGCUAUUUUUAUUUCUACAAUAAUUUAAACAAAUAAUUAUAUCACUAUGUCGCUUAUAAUGACAAAAGCUGCGCUUGCUUUGAAAAACCCUGAGAGCAACUUUCAAUUCGUUAAAUUUGAAGCACAUAAACCAAAAAAGAAGGCUGCUCCAGACAACAGUGAGCAAAAUGAAAUGAAACAAGGAAACAAACAUUCUAGCAAAGAUUUAGACCUUAAGAAGAUAAGGCAUGAAGUAGUCAAGUUUGGAAUGUCUGGGUUUGACCCCACAAAGAAAGAAGAAGCAAGAAUUGCGCUGGCAGUCAGUUUAGGUGCUAAACCUCCCAAAAAGGAGUAUGUAAACUACAAAGAACUUAUGCAGAAAAGAAAACAAGAGAAAAUUAAAGAAAGUGAAGAGAAACAACAGAUGAGGUCCAAGAGUAUAUUACAAACUGGUGGAAAGAAGAAAAAGAAAAAUGCUAACAAUGAUGUUGGCCACUUACUUAGUAGUUAUGGAAAGAUGCCUUAUGAAGAAUCUAAUGGCAGCACAGUCUUAAUGCUGUUGUGUGGAAUAGUGUUCACCAUUGUCACUGGAUUCUGUACAGUGUCCAUAUUUUAUGAUUGUAUGAUGUGAAAAAAAAAUAAUAGAACAAAUAAGAUGCUCAAAGUUUUGACCACUCCAAAGUUAUCUUAACGUAACUUUGUUUAUUUUGGGUAUAGUUUGUAUUUUGUUUAUCAAUUCUUUAGUUUACUUUUUUUAUUCUUUUUAUUAUUUACAUUAGUAACAUCAGUAACAUGAAGCUUGUAAAAAUAGUGGUCAUGUUAGUACUAGGAAAAACAGUCCCAUAACUGACAUAUUUUGAGUAUUCACAAGAUUGAGAUUGUGUUGAUACGUUACUGGAGAUAUUAAUAAAAUUACUUUUGCCUUGUUUCAGGUCAAGAAGAAGGACUUAUUAAAGAAGGACGAUAAAGGCGCAAAGAAGAAGAAGAAAACUAAAACUAUAUGAUAAAUAAAUAAUUUAAACGUUUA